AUGUUUAGGACGCCUCCGUUAAAGUCAAGUAAUCAGUUUGAAACACCAGCUAAACAAGUGAUCAGUUCUAGUGUUGGUGAUUCUGAAGUGAUCGAUGGUGAUUAUCAUAAAGUCCACAUCAAUACUGAAUAUAAUCAAAAUAAAUCAUAUUUACCAACUCCUAAAACUCCAAUAACUCCACACGAUACUUCUUUAUCAAGAUCAGCAUCAACAGCUUCAAAGAAGAGAUCAUUAAGCAUCAAUACAUCGAAUGAUUUCCAAUAUUUUAAAAACAAUCAAAAUUACCCAAUGACUACGACAUCUCCAUUAUCUUCACCAGUUAGCAUAUUUUCAAAUGAAUCAUCAGUUUUAUCAGCAACAUCACCUCAUUUAGUGAGUGAUUCUACAAGUCCACAUCUUAAAUAUUUACCUAGUUCAAGUCUAUAUUCAGAUUCAGAAAUUGCCCAUGAAUUGGAAGAUUUUAUAAUUGAUCCAAGUUUUAAAUUUUUAGUUGCUAAUGAUCAAAUUAUUGGUAAAGGUUCAUUUUCAACAGUAUUAAAAUCAAAGUUCAACAAUAAAGAUUACGCUAUAAAGAUACCCUCAAAAUUGAAAAGUUGUAAACCAAUUUAUAAAGAAGCAUUAAAUUAUAAGAUCAUAACAAGUUAUUUACAACUACAUGAAUUUUCAUUAGAUGAGUUUCCAAUAUUGAAUGUUUUCGGAUUGACUUAUCUUACAAGAGCUGAUUAUCAUAGAAUAAGACUAAAUGAAAAUUUACCUUGUUUGGUGUCUUCGUGUUUAUCAUCAAAUUUGGAAGUUUUAAUCAAAGACAGCUUCCAAAAUAAACAAAAUAAAGAAUGUUUACAUAUUGGAAAUGAUUUAUGGUGGAAAUUAGCUAAACAAUUAAUUAUGGGGUUAAUCGCAUUUAAAGAUUGUGACAUGUUACACCUUGAUUUGAAAACUUCUAAUAUUCUUUUUGAUUCAGAAUCUGAAAAUUUCAAAAUUGCUGAUUUAACAAGUGCAGGUUUAUUUGAUGAUGUUGUUAAAGAAUUCCACGAAAGAUUAAAUUCUGGGUUUUCAAUGGAUUAUACAUUACAAUAUGCAGCACCAGAAAUCUUGAACAAACCAAAAGACCCUCCAAACUAUCAAACUGAUCUUUAUUCAAUUGGAUUGAUUUUAUUAACAGCUGCCAUUGGUGAUGAACCUUAUUCACAAGUUUUAAGUGAAAGUCGUUCCAACUUCAUUUAUUUAACUGAAUGUAUCAAAAAAAAUAAAGUUAUUGAUAUAAUAACUGGUGAACAAUGGGAAAUAUUACGCUCAAAUCCAUUGGCUUAUAAAUUAAUCAAAUCUAUUUUAAUUGAUAGAGUGGAUCUUCAAGAAGUUGUUGGAUUUUUGAGUGAAGUAUAA